AAUUAGGUAUAAUAUAAGCAUAAGAUUGGUUCAUUAUUGCAAGAACUGCCGUCUAAAAACGUUAGGGAAAAGAGAUAUUAAUUAAACCUUUCACUUCCUCGGUGAAAUUCCAAGGAGUAGGCAGAUUGAGGCCUUGGAAUCAAUCAAAAACGGGUAAUUCGUUGCGUGGAGUAGGAAGUUUCAGACGGAAUCGUAUCACUUCUUAUCUUUGAACUAAUAAUCACCCUACCCCAUCCUCUCUUGAGAAUGACUUCAAUGUGGGAGCCAAAACGUCAAGAAUUUUCAAAAAUCUAAAGCAGUUCAACCGGUGAACCCAGUUCAUUUGUUCAUAAUCUAUUAAGAAGAGUACUUUUUAGUGUUCGAUUUUACACAAUCUCACAACUAAAACUCAAUAAAAACCAAAGUAUUAUAACAUUAAAAAUUACUUACGUUAAUUAAUUGAUAUUUUCUUCUAAUUAUUAAGCUAAUGGGAUUCAAAAAUCAAAAUUUAAAUUCACACGUGACAUAAAUAUGUAGUGUGUUAAUUCUUAUUGCUAAACGAAUUAUUUUUUUAAUGUCAACUUUUAGGAUAGAUCCGGUAAGUGUCUAUGAAUGACAGUAAUAGAUUUUGAAUGAAUGAUGUUGCAAAAUAGAUACGCUUCAUUGUUUACGGAAUGUCAGAGGUGUUCGAAUAGAUAUUGUGCAUUAGUAGGAAUUGUACCAUUUUUAGAAGGAAAAAAAUAGAAAUCAAAUUAGAGACGACGGAAUCGAAAAUCGCCAGAAAUGUUAUGUACAACGCGUACGGAAAAUGAGAUAUUUUUAUAAGAAUUUGAUAUAUAAUUUGUCGUAUUUCUAUUAAAUGUAUUAUUUUCCACUUUUGUUGUAUACUAUAGUGUUUUUUGUAAUAAAUUUUACGUUUUUUUUAAAUAUAGGUUAUACUUGGUUCAAAUGUUAUUUAAUUGUUAUAUGAAACAAUUAAAACUUCGAAGUUUUAGAAAUAUUUGAAAAUUUUGCUCCUUCAUUUUUUCAUUUGGACAGUGUUCAGUUAUAAUUGGAUAGAACGACAUUCAUUAAUUUUUAAAAACAAAUAAAAAUUUCCCACAAUACUUCAAAUACGGAAAUUUUUCAUUUUUACUAUUUUUUGGUCUAGUUUCUUCAGUCCUGCAAAAUUGAGGUUAUAUUUCUAUCAAAAGUUUCUCAUUUUUGAUUUAACAUAAUUAAAAUGUCGAAGGUAUUUGAAAUUAUGAAAAAUCUAUUUUUUCCUUCAUUUUGUGUUUUUUUCACAUAUUUUCCUGUUGCGUAGUGAGCUAGUUUCCAGAGGCAACUGACUGAAUUAGGUAUUUUUGAAAAAAAAUAAGGUUAUGAUUCGAUAAAACGACACGACCCAUCAUUAAAGCUUAAAUUUUCACUAAGAUUAAUGAUAACGCCUAUACAGGGUAUUACGAUCCAGAAAAUUCAUUCAUUUAUGCUGUGGCAUAAAAAAAUUUCUCAUAUGAUCCCUUGUUUCUGAGUUAUAGGCAUUUAAAGUUGCGAAAUCAUAACUUAUAUUUAAGUAUAUUUUCUAAGUUGUAUACUCGAAUGUUAUAAAUUUUUAAUGGAUGAUGACGUAUGUCCAUGUAGUGUGUGACAACCUGUACAAUCUAAAGAUAACAAAAAUUUCAUUUUUAAAAAAUGGGUACGCUUUGUUUAACUCGAUAAAAUUUAUGGUUUAGGAGAUAAGUAGAUUUUUAGAUCGUUCUACAUUCAAAUAAAAAACCGUUCGCCAUAAAGAGACAUUCUGAAAAAAAUUAUCACAAAUUGUAAUUAUUUAUUGAAAAUACUUACAAGAGAUAUUAAAACACAAUCAAACAUUUCUAAUUGAACUGCAUACAUUCAUAACUCAGAAACAAGAGGUCGUAUGAUAUUUUUUUUAUGCCACAGCAUUAUUUUCACGUCAUCUACUCACUCCCGAAUUUUUGGCAUCACGUCCCGGAAUACCCUGAAUAAUUCAUGAAUAAUAAAUGGUAUUAUAUACUAUUGAGGGAUUUCUAUUAGGCAGUGUAGUAUAUUUUUAGUUUUAGUAGUUGGUUACAAAGCAAUAAAUUUUCAAUUGUUCAAUUUGUAAUGAUUAAUGUAAUAAAUAAUAAUGAAAAUUAAGCAUUUUUAUUUUUUCAGAAAUUUUGUAAAUCGGUUAAAAUGGAUUGUGAAGAAAAACUGAAAAGAUGGUUAAAACGACUUCUAAAUAUGGAUAAAUUGGAAAAAUACAACUUUAUUAUUGAAGAUAAUGAUGAUAAAUGUAGUGGCUACAUGAGUCGCAUAUUUUUCAUAACUAUAAAACAAAGAAGUGGAUCUCCUAGGCUCAAUAUAGAUUUAGUAGUCAAAAUAGGAACGACCGUUAAAACGGUUGGAGAUACUUUUAAAAUUGAUAAAUUCUUUUUGAGAGAAAACUUCAUGUACAAUAAUAUAUUUCCAAUAUUUUCGAAAUUGGAAAAAGAAAAAAAUGUAGAUGAGACAUUCGAUUCGUAUCCCAAAUAUUACGGUCAUUUAUUCCUCGAAGAUUCGCAAAUCAUUGCAUUUGAGAAUAUAAAGAAAAUUGGUUUCAAGCUUUGCGACAGAAAAAUAGGAAUGGACUUACAACAUUGCAAAUUAGUUCUCAAAGCUUAUGCUCAAUUACAUUCUCUCACUUUCGCACUGAAAGAUCAAUAUCUAGAAAUUUACAAUAAGAUUACUUCUGAAACAGAUGACAUUUUUGUUGACUUGAUGUUAUCGGAACAUAGUAAGCAGUAUAUGCAAACUCAAAGAGACGAAGUCUUGCAAUGUUUAAAAGAACAUGACGAAAAUGAAUUGUACGAAAACUAUAAAAACGAAUUCGAAAAUAUAGUAGAUACAUGCAUAGCGAUUUUGUUGGAUAAAGAUGAUCAAGUAGUUUUCCUACAUGGGGAUAACUGGAAUAAUAACUUCAUGUUUAAAUAUGAGGAAGGUGCUCCAGCGGCAGUUUCGAUUGUAGACUGGCAACUGUCGUCUAUUCGUUCGCCUGUGUUCGAUAUUUCAAGAUUCUUAUUCAGCGUGUGUCGUAAAAAGGCAUUGGAUAAAUUAAGGGAAUUACUGAAAUAUUACUAUGAUUGUUUUUCCGACCAUCUAAUUAAACUUGGAAGCGAUCCAGAGAAACUAUUUAGUUUUUCGGACUUUAAGAGACAUUGGAAAAAAUAUUCUCAGUUCGGUAUUAUAGGAAGUAGUAUGACAAUGAAAUUGGCAGUACUAGACGAAACAGAAGCCCCAUCUAUAUCCCAACUAGAAUGUGGAAUCGAUUACAAUGAUACAUUCAAUAUUGUGCUUUCUGGUAAAGAACUAUAUUACCAAAGAAUGAAAGAUGCUGUAACCGCUUAUUAUGAAAUGAAAAAUGAUGUGAAUUUUUUAGACUAAGAUAAAUAUGUUGUACAGGAGAUUCCUGAUUACGUUAUUUUUUAGUUCAUUUGUAAUGGCAAAUAAAACACUAAACUUUC